GAGAUCGAUUUCGAAAUGGAAGAUGUUGUUGACGAUAUUGAGUUGCGUCGGUUUAUUUUCUUAACCCAUUCAUGUAGAAAUCCAUGGCUGGCAAAUUGCAUUCGCUCCGCUAAGAUUCGCCUCACUGGGAUUGAACUCCAGGGUCCCGGGAAGGAUUCCCAUAACGAAAUACUAAGCCACUUGUCAAAAUCGACGUCUCUCGUGAGACUAUCCGCGGAGCUCGGUAGCUAUAAAUGGGAUACUUGGCCUGCUCUGUACAAAUUUACUACUGGUAGCUUCCACCACUUGAGAGACCUGUCGAUUACACUUUGUAUGUUGGAGGGGAAUGAGCCAGACUGGUAUUUACCAGCGGAAACGCUACUUAGAUUCUACGAGUUACCGUAUUUAGAGGCCUUUUCCGUCCGUGCACCCAUCGAACGGUUCAAGACAAAAGUUCAGCCAAGGCCGGCACAUAGCAACCUCCGCAAGUUGCGUUUCGAAAAAUAUCGGACAUCCGGAGUUGGAGUGCUAGAAUAUAUACUUUCGCUUUCCCCGAACUUGGAGAGCCUGGAAUUAGAAAUACCGAAUGGAGCUACCAAAAGAGAUCGGAUGACAACAAGUAGCACUCCGGAGCUAGACCAUAGCAUGGGGGAGCCCUUAGACCUCUCAUUCUACGUGGACUUAAUAACUCCCUUAGCAGCUAGGCUCAGGAAUCUGAAAUUAACUCUUCAUCGCGACUUCGUUUUAUCGCCUCUUGGAAAUACAUCUGAUACCGGACCCGGGAUCAACCUAUCAAGCUUCACAAACAUUUCUAGUCUCACACUUAGCCCAGAACUUAUAUUUGGAACAAUCGACAUCGCGGCACAGUGUUCAUGGGCUAAACAGAUUUGGACGGUGCUGCCCCCACGGCUGAAAUCGCUUCGCAUGGAUUUUCAUGCUCAAGGCAUAUUUUGGACAGUGCAAGAUGUGUUGCGGGCCCAGCGAUCUCGGGAAUUAACUAGCACGAUGGAGCAGACGAUCGAUCGUUACGGGAUGGACUUCUUACUCGGUCUCGUACAUCAAGAUCGGGAUAGAACGGCCCCGCCGAUGGCCAUAACGCUCCAUGAGAAGCCAGAAAUCAUGAAAGAGGAGUUGCUUGCAUUCGAAAGAAUUCAUUGGGCCGUUGCCCAGUGGAAUGUACCUGUUCAGUUAAACGAUGCGGUGAGAAUGGCGGGCGCGAAUCUGAAUAUUAGGUUGCGUGUACCUGAACGGCUAAAUCAUCCGGAUUUUAAGGUGUUAGUUCCGUGGGACUGGGAAGUGAUGCCAAGGAUAUUCGAAGGCGAUGAGGAAGAAUCGUUCUAUUACGAGUGAUGCUAUUUGCAGGACAUCACGACUUCGUAAAUGUGCUUCCUGUGGCUAGAUGUCAGGGUAUAGGGGCAGCUAGUAUGAAUAAGUACCUAAGGUAUAGAUCGACGCAUGAUAUAUAUAAGGGGCGCUGCGCGCCCUCGUAAGAGGAUAGAAGGUUAAGCGUUAAUAGAUUCAUACUACUACACGGCUA